CAAAACGCUGCGUAUCAAGUCUCCACUCCGGUUUCCAAAUUGUUUUGGUGGAAGGAAAACCAACCAAGUAGUAGAGCGUCGAACCAGCAGAAGUGACGAGCCCUUUUCAUUACUUUCUACUGCAAAUUUGAACCCAAAAUCAGGCCCUGCCCUCUGCUGGGUACCCAACAGUCACCUUGGUUGUGGUGUCAUAAUAGCUAAAUAUUUAGAUAAAUAUGUCUGACCCAUACGAGAAGGUAAAAGGAAAUAGGCUAACUUUCAAAGGAGGAGAUUUGGCUACGCGGAGCAAACCCAUUAGCAAGACUAAGAAUAAGAAAAAGAAAAAGGUUAAGCUUGAUCCUCAAAUUGUAGAUGGCUCUGAGCCCAAGGAUGCAGCAGCUUCUGCUGCUGCUGCUGUCGAUGGUUCAGGCGGAGCAAGCGAGUACACAAUUGAUGCAGCGAAGCGCAUGAAGUACGAGGAGCUGUUCCCUGUUGAAGCCAAGAAAUUCAGUUACGAUCCCAAAGCGAAGGUGAAGUCCAUUGAGGAUGCACUCGAUGACCGAGUUAAGAAGAAGGCCGAUCGUUACUGCAAAUGAUCUUCUUUUUGCAUCUUCAAUACUGAUUUUCUGUUCCUUAGUCUUUCCUUGUGUUCAAGCUAAUUUGACUGAGUGAUUGUAUGUAGUGAUAAUCAAAUUGGAGAAGGAGAAUAGGAUCAGUAUGGGCAUGUUUUUGCUUCUUAUAUUUGCUCAUUUGAAAAUAUGAUUAGACAAGUGUAAUGUUGGGCUAGAUCCACUAUGUGUUGCACGUGGGUUAUGUUUGUGCUUGUUGAACCUUUUUUCACCCCUUAUUUUCACUCACGUUUACUUGAUCGUUUUUA